CUCCUUGCUGGUGUAUAUAGACUGCCUCCUAUUAUGUCUGGGCACCUAAUAAUACAAUUCAAGAACAGAACUACAAUUAGAAAAGUGAACAUUAAACAGCUGAAAAUGAUCGUGCCAUUGACAGCAAAUAUGGUUGGCCUGAAUUACCAUUGGAGGCUAGCAGUCUCUUUUGUCAAAGUUAACAACCUGAAACACAAAGAACAUAGUACCAACUGCGUGAAUAAUCUUAAUAUUACUUAGCUUAUAAAAGAUGGUAGAAAUAAGUAGUUUUCCUAAAUUUAGUGACAAAAAUUUAGUGACAAAAAUGUUUUUUUUAAUUGUUAUUAAAAUGAUGUUAACCAGAAAAUAAGGAAGGGAAUUGAUCAUUUAGUUAAAAUGGCUUUGCUCACUGGACUUGUUAAAAAUACACAGGACAAAAGUGCAAAUAAUUUGUAUGCAAAUUUUGACUGACCUUCCCAUGCACAUCAAGCACGAUGUGAAGAAACAAAUAAAUAAUGAGCACAGGAGGAUUAAAAUCAUCAUCGAGUGAUGACGACUUGCUGCUAAUGUUAAUUGAAAAGAAGAAAGGGCAAAUAAAUAAGUGGGUACAUACAGCCGAUAGUAAAGAGGAGUAUAGUGCAUUGGGAGUUUUGGGAUUGUUUGAUUAUACACAAUAUGUUAAUGUUACAUUAUAUUGUUCACCACAGUAGUAUAUCAAUUUUGAGCAGCAAACAACAGUGCAAUAGGCUAGGACACAAUACACUUUGCAGUAUAUUAGCAAGUUAGCAUGGCUUUAUGGCUUUAGCAAGUGCAUAAGCAAAAUGAAUGGUUUAAACAAGGACGUUUGCAUACCGAAAAUUAUAUAAUUAUAUAAUGCUGGCAACACAUUAAACAGGUGAAAGAAAAAUAACAGACAGAGCAAUAAGGAGGAAACGAGAAAACAAAUCUUUGUUUUACUGUUUAUUUCGAGUGUUGGCACUGUAUGAUUUAUAUUUUAAAUAAAUUGUGUCAAUAAUAUUGAGAGUUAUGGCUUUUUAUUUUGUAAUUUCUACAAUGAAACAUCAAAGGAAAACAUUAAUAAACCUUUCUGCAAUGUCAUUUAGUACAAAUCGGUAUUAGGUGUGAUUUAUUUUGGGCCCUGCCCCUACAGCUUCACGUCCUCCUCUGCACUGAUGGGUGGUGUUACAAGAUUAAUCAACGUUGGCACCAUCAAUAAAAUGUGGUGAUAUUGUGAUAAGACUGCACUGAGAAAAGGAAAUGAGCCAGAGGAAAGUCAUGACGGCAUUUUUAGACACCAGCCUUAUCUUCCUAAUAUUAUAUUUCUGCUUUUUCUCUGCUGUGUCCUCCUCUCUUUAUUCCUCCUCUUGUCAGUUUCAGGGACAGUUUCAUCUAAAUGGGAUGCACAAAACUGGAGAUCUGAUUCUAGGUGGGAUUUUCCAAAUUAAUUUCUUUUCAGCUGAUCCUGACCUGUCUUUUACCUCAGAGCCACAACAGCCUCACUGCUCCGGUUUUGAUAUUAUAGGAUUCAGAAAGGCUCAGACCAUGGCCUUUGCUAUUGAUGAGAUCAACAGAAACUCCAACCUGCUGCCUAAUGUGACUCUGGGAUACAGUCUGUGUGAUAACUGCCUUCAACUAAGAAUUGGAUUUCGUGCAGCAAUGUCCUUAGUCAGUGGUCAAGAAGAGCAAGUUACAUUAGAGGAGAACUGUGUAGGAACUCCUCCAGUCCUAGGGAUUGUGGGUGAUUAUACCUCUACAAGCACUAUUGCCAUAUCUACGGUCUUAGGUUUGUACAGAGUGCCUCUGGUGAGUUAUUAUGCCACAUGUUCUUGCCUGAGUGACAGACAAAAAUUCCCAUCUUUCUUUAGGACGAUCCCAAACGAUGCUUUUCAGGUGAAUGCUAUGAUUCAGGUUCUAAAACACUUUGGUUGGACUUGGGCAGGUCUUCUCAUCAGCAGUAAUGAUUAUGGAGUCUAUGCUGCCCGAUCCUUUCACUCUGAUCUGGGUCCAGCUGGUGGAGGUUGUCUGGCUUACACAGAGAUUUUGCCCUGGGGUGAAGAUCCUGCCGAAAUAAGGAGAAUAGUGGAUGUGAUGAGGAAAUCUACAGCUCGAGUGGUGAUUGUGAUUGCACAUCAGAUCCACAUGAUCCAACUAAUGAAAGAGGUGGUGAGGCAGAAUGUGACAGGCCUGCAGUGGAUUGCCAGUGUAGGCUGGACAUCAGCUGCUGCACUCCAGACUCCCCACCUCAUGCCUUACCUGGGUGGAACACUGGGCAUCUCCGUCCGUCGAGGAGAAAUACCAGGACUCGGUGACUUCCUGUUACAAAUACGUCCUGAUCACAAGACCUUUGGUGAAAACAAGAUGGUGAAUCAGUUUUGGGAACACACAUUUCAGUGUAGAUUUGCACCACCUCCAGCAGGUUGGGUGGAAGCUGGAGGAGAAUUAUGCACUGGACAGGAAGUUAUAGAGAAUGUGGAGACUGAGUUCUUCGAUGUUUCAAACCUCAUGCCAGAGUAUAAUGUGUAUAAGGCUGUGUACGCUCUGGCAUAUGCUCUUGAUGGCAUGCUGCAGUGUGAGCCAGGGAGAGGACCUUUCAGGAACAACACCUGUGCUGAUUUACAAAGACUGGAACCAUGGCAGAUGAUAUAUUACUUGGAAAAAGUCAACUUCACCACAUCUUUUGGUGAUGAAGUGUCAUUUGAUGAAAAUGGUGAUGCCUUACCUGUAUAUGACAUCAUGAACUGGGUGUGGCUCCCUGAUGGACAAACUAAAGUUCAGAGAGUGGGUGAUGUUAAGAGGUCAGCCUUCAAAGGUGAAGAACUCACACUGGAUGAAGACAAAAUCUUCUGGAACUUUGAAUCCAAACAGCCUCCUCGGUCAGUGUGCAGUGAGAGUUGUCCUCCAGGUACCCGCAUGGCCAGAAAGAAGGGGGAACCUGAGUGUUGUUUUGACUGUAUCCCUUGUUCUGAGGGAAAGAUCAGCAAUACAACUGAAGAUUUCUGGUCCAGCCCCCAGCGUGACCACUGUGUUCCUAAGAAAACAGAGUUCCUCUCCUACCAUGAGCCUCUGGGUAUCUUCUUGACAAUCACCUCACUGUUGGGCACAUUUAUCUGUGUUGUUGUUCUGGGCAUCUUCAUCCAUCAUCACAACACACCUAUAGUUCGUGCCAACAAUUCCGAACUCAGUUUCCAGCUGUUGCUGUCACUUAAGUUCUGUUUCCUCUGCUCGUUGCUCUUCAUUGGACGACCCAGAUUAUGGACUUGCCAACUAAGACAUGCAGCAUUUGGCAUCAGCUUUGUGCUUUGUGUCUCAUGUAUCCUGGUGAAAACCAUGGUGGUUCUGGCUGUGUUCAGGGCCUCUAAACCAGGAGGUGAAUCCAGUCUGAAGUGGUUUGGUGCUGUGCAGCAGAGAGCGACAGUUCUGGUUCUGACUUCUGUUCAAGCAGCAAUCUGCACUGUCUGGCUUGUCUCUGCUUCACCAAUGCCUCAUAAAAACACCCAGUAUAACAAUGACAAGAUAGUUUAUGAGUGUAUAGUUGGGUCCAGAGUUGGCUUUGCAGUUUUACUUAGUUAUAUUGGUUUACUGGCGGUCCUCAGUUGUUUGUUAGCUUUUCUAGCAAGGAAUCUUCCAGACAGUUUCAAUGAGGCCAAACUCAUCACUUUCAGCAUGCUGAUCUUCUGUGCAGUGUGGGUGGCCUUUGUCCCUGCUUACAUCAGCUCACCAGGCAAAUAUGCAGAUGCAGUGGAGGUAUUUGCCAUAGUAGCCUCCAGUUUUGGCCUCUUGGUGGCACUGUUUGGACCCAAAUGUUACAUAAUCCUGUUGAGACCAGAGAGAAACACAAAGAAAGCCAUCAUGGGUCGAGUCAUUGAGUCAUAAAAACUGCCAGAGACCACAUUUGUCAAUUCAAGCUAAAAUAUACAGACACAAAUGCAGGUAAAAUAAUCUUUUAAUAAAUAUUUCAAUAAAUAUGUAAAUGAAAAAA